GCCCGGCUCGGGGCCGGGGGGGGGAGGAGGGCGUCACGGAGACUUGGGGUUCGCCCUGUGACACAAUUACAACAACUUUGUGGUGGUGCUGGCGAAGUUUGUGAUUCUAGGAAAUCCUCCUAGUGCUGCGAGCUUCCGCCUCUUCUGCUGUCCCCGCCUACUCCGCGAUGUGAUCCAGUAGCCGAGCCCCGCAGCCUGUGCUGUUUCUGCCACCACCUUGGGAUUUUUUUCAUCGCCGUCAUCCGAGGUAGGGGAGGCAACGGCGAUAAAGUGCUAUUUUCACGCGGCACAUCUUUUCGAGCUCUGGACUAGAGGUUGGUGGACUUGUGGGUUUCGGCGCUGGACUUUAAAUUUGUUGUGUUCUAAUGAAAUCCUGCGGAGUAUCGCUCGCUACCGCCGCCACUGCUUUCGGUGAUGAGGAAAAGAAAAUGGCGGCGGGAAAAGAGAGCGGCGAGAGCAAGGAGGGGUCCUGUAGCUUGACAGCCGAAGAGAGGGAGGCACUCGGCGGAUUGGACAGCCGUCUCUUUGGGUUCGUGAGGCUCCACGAAAAUGGCGCCAGGACUAAGACCCUCUUGGACAAGGCUGUUCGCUGCUACGAAUCUUUAAUCUUAAAAGCUGAAGGAAAAGUGGAGUCUGAUUUCUUUUGUCAAUUAGGUCACUUCAACCUCUUAUUGGAAGAUUAUCCAAAAGCAUUAUCUGCAUAUCAGAAAUACUACAGUUUACAGACUGACUACUGGAAGAAUGCUGCCUUUUUAUACGGCCUUGGUUUGGUUUACUUCUACUACAAUGCAUUUCACUGGGCAAUUAAAGCAUUUCAGGAGGUGCUUUAUGUUGAUCCCAGCUUUUGUCGAGCCAAGGAAAUUCAUUUGCGACUUGGGCUUAUGUUCAAAGUGAACACAGACUAUGAAUCUAGUUUAAAGCAUUUUCAGUUAGCUUUGAUUGACUGUAAUCCCUGUACUUUGUCCAGUGUUGAAAUUCAAUUUCAUAUUGCCCACUUGUAUGAAACCCAGAGGAAAUACCAUUCUGCAAAGGAAGCCUAUGAACAACUGUUGCAGACAGAAAACCUACCAGCACAAGUAAAAGCAAUUGUUUUACAACAGUUAGGAUGGAUGCAUCAUAAUGUGGAUCUGCUGGGAGACAAAGCCACCAAGGAAAGCUAUGCUAUUCAGUAUCUCCAAAAGUCUUUGGAGGCAGAUCCUAAUUCUGGCCAGUCUUGGUAUUUUCUUGGGAGGUGUUACUCAAGUAUUGGGAAAGUUCAGGAUGCCUUUAUAUCUUACAGGCAAUCUAUUGAUAAAUCAGAAGCCAGUGCAGACACAUGGUGUUCAAUAGGCGUGCUUUAUCAGCAGCAAAAUCAACCUAUGGAUGCUCUACAGGCCUAUAUUUGUGCCGUACAAUUGGAUCAUGGGCAUGCAGCAGCCUGGAUGGACCUAGGUACUCUCUAUGAAUCCUGCAACCAACCUCAGGAUGCCAUUAAAUGCUACAUAAAUGCAACUAGAAGCAAAAGUUGUAAUAAUACCUCUACACUUGCGGGAAGAAUUAAAUUUUUACAGGCUCAGUUGUGUAACCUUCCACAAGGUAGUCUACAGAAUAAAACUAAAUUACUUCCUAGUAUUGAGGAGGCGUGGAGCCUACCAAUACCCGCAGAGCUUACCUCCAGGCAGGGUGCCAUGAACACAGCACAGCAGGCUUACAAAGGUCAUCAUCCAAAUACUGAACCUGUAUUAGGCCUCAGUCAAAUACCACUUUCACAGCAGUCCUUGCCAGUACAUAUGAUUACUUCCAGCCAAGUAGAUGGCUCAUCCAGCCCUGCCAAGAAGAAAAGAACAUCUAGUCCAACAAAGAAUAGUUCUGAGAACUGGAAUAGAACUGUUUCACAUACUCCAGUACCACAGCAAGUUCAUUCAUUGUAUUUGACACCACAGAAAUUACAGCACUUGGAACAGCUGCGGGCAAAUAGAGAUAAUUUAAAUGCAACACAGAAACUGAUGCUGGAACAGUUGGAAAAUCAGUUUGUCUUGAUACAAAUGGGACAGACAGGACAAACUACUGGAAUUCCUAAUGGGCCAAUAGCUAACUCAUCACUGCCUACAAACUUUAUCUGUAGCCAGCAACCACAUUCUACUCUGCCUAGACAAUCUAGUGUCUCUCAGCCUGAAGUUCGCUCUGCUUGUUUUGAAGAGCCUUUGUCCAAUGGACCAUUUGCUGGAGGCUGUGCUCCUUUUGGCACAUCAAAAUCACUAGGGAGUACAGACAAUAUUUUGGUAGGCAAUAAUUAUGUAACAGGAAGUGGAAGUAAUGGAAAUGUGCCUUACCUGCAGCAAAACACACUCAUUCUACCUCAUACCUGCACAAACCUGACCAACAGCACAGAAGAGCCAUGGAGAAAACAGCUGUCUGACUCCACUCAGGGGCUUCACAAAGGUCAGAAUUCACAUUUGGCAGGAUCUCAUGAUGAACAACCUCCUUUUCACACUGGGCCUGCCCAGUGUCUCCAGGCAGCUAGCACUGCUAUUCAGAAACAGACUGGACAUCAAACUCUGCCUAGCAAUUCAGUAACACAGGGAGCUGCUCUCAAUCACCUCUCCUCUCAUAUUGCUACCUCAGGUGGACAACAAGGCAUUACCUUUACCAAAGAGAGCAAACCUUCAGGAAAUCGAUCUUUGGUGCCUGAAACAAGCAGGCAAUUUGGAGACACACCUAAUGGCUGUGCUGGUGUCAAAGGACUUUCUAAUCAUGUUCAGCAGUUGAUGGCAGAACCUGUUUGCAAUCCUAACCAUGGAGAUUCCCUAUCACCAAAUGUACAAAUUUCAGAUAAUCCUCAGAUGUCUGCCUUGUUGAUUGGAAAAGCCAGUGACAGUGAGGGGACUGGAGCCUGUGACAAAGUUAAUAAUUUUCACCCCAGCGUUGAUACAAAGAAUAAUAAUUCUGUUGCCUCGUCACCCUCUUCAGUCAUUUCUACUGCAACUCCUUCUCCAAAAUCCAUUGAACAGACAACCACACACAUUGUUCCCAGCCUUAACAGUCCUCACAGGUCAAAUACACUUAAUGGAGAAGGGCUAGAGAACUCACAGAGCUCUGUAAAAACAGACCUGCCUAUAAUUAGCCAAAAACCUGGUCCUCAUGUUAUACCAUCAAUGUCUGUGUCCAUAUAUUCCAGUUCCUCAGAAGUUCUGAAGGCAUGCAGGAAUCUAGGUAAAAAUGGAUUGUCUAAUAGUCAUAUUUUGUUGGAUAAAUGUCCGCCUCCAAGACCACCAACCUCACCAUAUCCUCCCUUGCCAAAAGACAAGUUGAAUCCACCCACACCUAGUAUUUAUUUGGAAAACAAGCGUGAUGCUUUCUUUCCUCCAUUACAUCAGUUUUGUACAAAUCCCAAAAACCCUGUUACAGUAAUACGUGGCCUUGCUGGAGCUCUUAAAUUAGAUCUUGGACUUUUCUCUACCAAAACUUUGGUAGAAGCUAACAAUGAGCAUACUGUGGAAGUGAGGACACAGUUGUUGCAACCGGCAGAUGAAAACUGGGAUCCUACUGGAACCAAGAAAAUCUGGCGUUGUGAAAGUAAUAGAUCUCAUACUACAAUUGCAAAGUAUGCACAAUACCAAGCCUCCUCCUUCCAAGAAUCAUUGAGAGAAGAAAAUGAAAAAAGAAUGCAACAUAAAGAUUAUUCAGAUACUGAAUCCGUAUCUUCAGAUUCUUCUGGAAGAAGAAGGAAAGGACCUUUUAAAACCAUAAAAUUUGGAACCAAUAUUGACCUCUCCGAUGACAAAAAGUGGAAAUUGCAGCUACAUGAGCUAACUAAACUUCCUGCUUUUGUGCGUGUGGUAUCAGCAGGAAACCUUCUAAGCCACCUUGGUCAUACUGUGCUGGGCAUGAACACAGUUCAGCUAUACAUGAAAGUUCCAGGGAGUCGAACACCAGGUCACCAAGAGAAUAACAACUUCUGUUCUGUUAAUAUAAAUAUUGGUCCAGGUGAUUGUGAAUGGUUUGUUGUUCCUGAAGAUUAUUGGGGUGUUCUCAAUGACUUUUGUGAAAAAAAUAAUUUGAAUUUCCUUAUGAGUUCUUGGUGGCCGAACCUUGAAGAUCUUUAUGAAGCAAAUGUGCCUGUUUACAGGUUUAUUCAAAGACCUGGAGAUUUGGUCUGGAUAAAUGCAGGCACUGUUCAUUGGGUUCAGGCUGUUGGUUGGUGCAACAAUAUUGCCUGGAAUGUUGGUCCACUUACAGCCUGCCAGUAUAAAUUGGCAGUGGAACGAUAUGAAUGGAAUAAAUUGCAAAGUGUGAAGUCAGUAGUACCCAUGGUGCAUCUUUCUUGGAAUAUGGCACGGAAUAUCAAAGUCUCAGAUCCUAAACUCUUUGAAAUGAUUAAGUAUUGUCUUCUGAAAAUUCUAAAACAAUGUCAGACACUGAGAGAAGCUCUUAUUACUGCAGGAAAAGAGGUUAUAUGGCAUGGACGGACAAAUGAUGAACCAGCACAUUAUUGUAGCAUUUGUGAGGUGGAGGUUUUUGACCUCCUUUUUGUCACUAAUGAAAGCAACUCUCAAAAGACUUACAUAGUACAUUGCCAAGACUGUGCACGAAAAACAAGUGGAACUCUGGACAAUUUUGUGGUGCUAGAGCAGUACAAAAUGGAGGACCUGAUACAAGUCUAUGACCAGUUUACAUUAGUAAGUGAAUUCAACAUGCUCCUUCAUUGUCAUCAUCCUCCUGAUAAUUGUCCCAUGAAUAUUAAAUGACACCUUUUCUACUCUUCAGGAAAGGUCUGCACCACUGGUUUUGUAGGUGUUUUCAUAAGACUGCUGACUAAAAGCUAUGUCUAUGCAACCUUCCAAGAAUAGAGUAUCAACCAUCUGGAUAUAGGAGAGCACUGCCUAUAUACCACUAUAAUUAAUAAUCAAAUGUAUUAUGAUACCUGACGAGAAUUGGCGAUGUCAGACUACUGACUUGAAGAUAACCUUUCUCUGUGUUUCUGUAUUUCUGAACUGCUAACUUAGUUUUCUCAUUUAUUUUGCCCUUUGAGAAUUUUCCUGAGAGAAAAAUACUGUUCUAGCUCACUUGUUGGUAAGAUAGUUAACAAAUUCAAAUCUUCAAUCAACUUUUUUUUUAAUGUGAAAUAUUAAAGAGAAGGUUUUUUGGGUUUGUUUUUUGGAAUUUUUGUUUUUUUACCAUUUUAUUUUUUUCUCUAUUGUUUGAGGCCAGAGUGAUUACACUUCUGGUUCUAACAUAAAACUUUAAGAAAAGACUUACUAUCUAAUAGCCAAGACACAAAGAUAAUGGAUUGCACAUAGACUAAGGAGUAAACUUCAGAUUUGUGAUUUUUGUUUCUAAUCUUGAUACAGAUUUACACUAUUUAUGAAUACAUAUUUAUUGCUUGAAAAUAUUUGUGAAUGGAAUGUUGUUAUUUUACCUGAGAUUUACCUGCCAUUAAUAUUAAGGGGUUCUGUAAUUUUAGGCACUACUCCUUUUACAUUUUCUAUGUGUAAAUAAAACUACUUAGCAUUGUACAGAAACUUUUAUUAAAAUUGUUUAAUGUUUAAAGGGUUUUCCACUGUUUGAGUUUUAAAAAAGACUUUGUGUAAAGUCAUAGCCUUUGUUCGUUUUCAGAUCUGAUUAUAUGUAUUUUAUAUAUACAUAUAUAUUCACACAUAUGUAUAACAUAUAGAAAUGAAAAUAUAUAAUUGUAUAAAGAUAGAACAGAUUUAAAAUUUUUCACAUCUGUGAUAGUUUUUGAGGUGCCUACUGUAAAGUAUUGCUUACAAAAAUAUGCUUAUUUUUAAAGUAAAAGACUUUUAGUCUGGUUUAGUAAAUUACAGUUAAGCCAAUAAUAGCUGGCAAAAUGUAUAUUAGAAAAAAGGAUUUGGGGUUUUAAAAGGAACAUUAUAGAAAUUUGUUAAAUCUUAUUUAUCACUUUGUUAUAGAAAAGAGAUUCAGAAUGAGGAGGAUGGCUUCUGCUUUAAAGGACACAUAUGUUAAAUUAAUUAUUUUUUAAAGUUAGGUAACUUCAAAAUUCUGUGCUUUCUGUUUGUUGAAUAUGUCUGAAGAAGGAA